GCAUGAGAUUUCGAGAAACCUUGGGUUUAGAAAAAAAGUUGCCUGAGGCGGUGAAAAAAAAGAAGUCAACGAGAAAAAAUGAAGAAAUCGCUAAGAUCCACUAGUCGCCUCGGAUAGUCGGGUUAUGGUUUUACCUAUUGUUUGGAAGGGGAAAUCCUGAGAUAAUAAUGAACGUCGAAAGUAAGAGAAAAGCUUUACUGUUGCUUUGACGGUCUAUCAACCUUUAAUCGAGUCAUAAAAGUUGGCAUCGGUAGCCUAAUUUACUCAAGGCGGGUGCGGAAGGCGCUUUCCUUCGGACUAAAGUAUGAGAAUUAUUAUAACAUGUAACCUCUGUCGACUUUCCUUAUUUAUAUAGACAAUCUUUCUAUAACAGGAAGCAGUCAUUAAGUCUACACACUUAUUUGAGGAUUGGAUACUUUGUUUUUAGGGUUAGGCUUUACAGGGCCAAAUAUUCAGUCGGGGUCUUUUGAAACGUUCCCAGACCAUUCUUUUUGUGUUUGAUUUAAAAUAUAUCGUUGUUUUAUAGAUGUUGUGGAACAACCUAAUCAAUAAUACAGCCGUUCAGGUUAUUUGAACAUUAAAUAUAUAAUAGGCUACUUCUUUUACGCUUUAGUAGUCUACUUGGUAAGCUUUGUUCAAGACGGGGUUUUAAAAACAUUUCUACCCAGACUUUAUCAACCUGUAUCGUUAGACCUAGGCUACAGUCAGUGUUUUAUUUCAAAAGAAUAAAAAAGGUAAAACCAUACACUUAAGUAGCCAUGUCUGCAGAAGAGGAGAGAUUCAAACUCGUUGUCGUGGGCGGAGGCGGUGUGGGCAAAAGCGCUUUAACCAUACAAUUUAUUCAGUCAUACUUUGUGUCGGACUAUGACCCUACCAUUGAAGACUCCUACACAAAAAUCUGUACAGUGGAUGGGAAGGAGACACGAUUAGACAUCUUAGACACAGCUGGUCAGGAGGAGUUCGGAGCUAUGCGGGAGCAGUACAUGCGCUCAGGAGAGGGUUUCUUGCUGGUGUUUGCCCUAAAUGACAGUGGCAGUUAUAAUGAGAUCCAUAAGUUCCACACCCAGAUACUGCGUGUGAAGGACCGGGAUGACUUCCCCAUGGUCCUGGUCGGUAACAAGGCAGACCUGGACCAGCAGAGAGUGAUCUCGAGAGAAGACGCUCAGGGGUUUGCAAGAGAGAACCGGAUCCACUAUAUGGAGGCCUCUGCCAAGAACCGCUACAAUGUGGAUGAGGCCUUCCUGGAGGUUGUGCGAGCUAUAAGGAAAUUUCAGGAGACUGAGAGCCCUCCUCUCCCAGCCAACCACACAGGAAAACAGCAGAACAGAGGCUGCCCCUGCACCCUACUUUAAAUGCCCCCAACCCUUUUUUUGCAGCAUUGUUGCCAUAGAGACCAAAACCCAUGAUUCAUUGCUGAUGUGCAUUUGAGUCUGUCCUGCUUACCUGAAGGGAGAGUGGCGAUAUGUUAUGGUGAAGAUGAGUGGAAAAAGUGUGUGUAUGUGUUUGCAUGUGAUGUGUGUAAUGCUAGGGGGUGAGGUUUUAGUGUUGGGGUUGCUUAAAGUGGCAAGCAUUUGGUAUAGUGUAACAUUUUCCAAGUGAUUGUGUAACAUUUUCCUAUUUCUUCUUCUAUGUAUGCUAUUUUAUAUUUGGUAUUCUGUCAUGUCUAUAAAAAGGUUGUAAAAGGAAAUUAUGUUUGAGUUGUAUGGGUGGAUAGUUGAUGUAUUGUGUGUCAUUCAAGUAAGACAGUCCAGCAGUGACACCUUGAGUUGAUUUGAAAUAACUGUAUCAGCGCAAUGGCACAUCUAACAUAUGCCACCAGACCUUUUUCUUUUCUUUUUAAAAGUGGAGGGCAGGGAGAGAAAAGAUCAGCAAGAGGGUAGGGGUUUGGGGGGAAAGGAGAUGGAAGUUGAUUUAUGGUCAUUUGAACCAACAACAGUAGUCUUUGUGGUUAGUUCUGGAUUUUUAUAUAAGAUAUAGACACGCUGAUAGCACAAAUGGGAACUAAAAGACGAGAAUUCAUUCAGAUUUGUUUUUACAUUGAGAGACUUGAGAAUUGGUAAGUGUUUAUAACACUGGUACCUUUUUUAUUUAGCAGUUUAGUAUUCAUGACCACAUAAUGUUAUAUGUUUGCACAAAAGAUGGACUGGUAGGUAGAAGUAGGUUGACACUAAAGUGCUGUUAAUUUUGUGGGGGUGGGAGGAGGUUAAAGUUUGUCCAGGUACAUUUGUCUAUGCAUGUAGUAAUGUAAGCCUUUUUAACUUAACAUUUCAGUUUUGAAUGCCGCUUGCAAUGUUUUGGGCACACACAGCUACCAAUUAUGCUUCACAGAAUCAAAUACAUUUUAAAGAAAUGCAUAUGAAAACUGAAAUCCUUAGUAGGUGGUGCCAAUGUCCAAAUUAAUAAUCUGGAAUACUCACAUUCUUGGUACAAAGCAGUCCUUGAUGUUAGUGGUCUUUACUAAAUGUUUGUACUUAAGGGAUGAAAAGAAUGACUCUGUCUGAAAUGUAAUCCUCACCAGGCUUUCUUAUGUUAAAUUUAUAAGAUGGCUUGGUGACACCUUGCCUUUCAUUAUGAAUCUGUAUUUAACUUGCACCCUGUAAUCCACCAGUAAUGUAUUUUGUAUUGAAAUAAAAGCCAAAGACUUUUUGUAUUACUACCAUAA